GCAACUUUUGUCCAGUCAAAUUUGGCAGCUCCGCCGCAGGUUUGUUGGCGCCAGCGGCAAAUUGGGACAGGUUUCGUUUGGACUCGGUACUGAGACGGACCGACAGCUGAAAUAAUGACUAGAGGAAGUGGCUGCCUGCAGAAAAGAGCUAAGAAGUCUUCAGGGAAGAAACGCAGGGUGCAGGACAACAACAUAAAGGUUGAGGUUCUAUUAAAGGUGCAGUGCAAGAAGACUCAGAAGCUCGGGUCGGAUGGUGACCGCCCCUGCUGUCCAGAUGCUCUGGUUUGCCCGUCCUGUCUUUCUUGUACUGGAUGGGACGCCGUUGAAGACGUGCUGGUGAACGCUGCUCGCGGGACUCAGAGACUCGGCCACAGUUUGACCUUCAUGCAGAAACAUCCGAAGAUACAACCUCAGAUGAGGUCGAUCCUGCUCGACUGGUUGAUCGAGGUGAGUGAGGCCUACACUCUUCACCGGCAGACCUUCUACCUGGCACAGGACUACUUUGACAGGUUCAUGUUGACCCAGAAGAACCUCGAUAAGAGCGUGCUGCAGCUGAUCGGCGUCACCUGCCUUUUCAUAGCAUCCAAGAUGGAGGAAGCAAAUCCUCCAAAGCUCUCGGAGAUGGCGUGUGUCACUGCAGGGGCGUUCUACGAGGACGAGAUUCUCAAAAUGGAGUUGAUUAUUUUGCAGGCGCUGAACUGGAGUCUUCGCUCUGAAACGGCUCUGUCUUGGCUGAGGCUUUUUUUACAGAUUGCUUCAAUGAACGUCACGUCUGAGCUGCUGGAGUCACAGUUUCCACCUGAGGUUUACGUCCAGAUGACACGUCUGUUGGAUCUGUGUGGACUCAGCAUAGAUUCACUGGACUUCUCCCCUCAUGUGUUAGCGGCUUCGGUCUGCUGCCACUUUCUCAACCAAGAAAGAGUUUUAAGAAUUUCUGGAUUGUCAGAAGAUCUCAUCCAGCCGUGCAUCAACUGGAUGGUUCCCUUUGCUGAUUCCAUCGGACACUUUGGCAGAGCUCCACUCAAGGACUUUGCGAGAAUAUGCGGGGACGACAGUCACAACAUCCAGACACACGCCGACUACAUGACCAUGUUGGACGAGGUCAGUAAGAAGCAGGCGACCAUCCAGCUCCUCCCAGAGCAAACCUGCACAGGCUGAACUACAGCAUGAGUCCAUGAGGACGGAGGACUGUUCUAGUGACCGCUCCUGUCUAUGUAGGAGGAAACAAGACUUGUCACCAAAGCUGAGCUGAUUAUUUCACCUGCUGCUUUGAUUGAAGCGAGCUCUGUCAAAGCUUCUUGUCUUAAACAUUUGAGCUUUUUUUAGCAACUAGUGCUGCUUUUUAAAAACAUGAAAUUUGCUGCAAGUUGUCAUUUCUAGAUGGUUUUACUAAAUGUGCAAUUGCUUUACUUUUUGUGCCAAAAUGUAAUUUUUCGCUGUUUAAAUGUAAAUUUUUAGAUUGUUAACUUUUUUUUUUUUUUUUAAAUAUUUCAGGGACCAGGUGUCUGAUCUAAACAGUCACGUUUUGCCUGGAUAAUGUACAGUAGCUUCUUUAACUCAGGGCAGGGAUUUUUUUUUCUAAGAAUUUAUUUCAAAAAAAUUACAAGUGUACAAAUGAACUGUAUUUAUUUAGAUGUUUUCUACUAAAAUAAAAAAACUAGAAGUACAGCUUU